GCUCACCAUUGCUCACACCGCUCACCUCUAGCUCCAACUCCAGCUUUUGUUUGUUUAUUUGUCUCAUUCGAUCUUUUCAAGUAGCAACAGCUCCUAGCUUGUAAACCUGUCUUGACACCAGCAUGGAUUGGUUGAAGAAAGAUCUGAAAGGUUCUGAAAAUAAUGGGAAUUUCUUCAAUCUAUUUGAGGAGUUGGAGGAGAAUGAUAAUGAGGAGGAUGAGUUUGAGGAAGUUAUUUCUUCAACUUGAAAUUAUUAAUCAAGCCUAGCUAAAGUUGCUGCUGUAGAGUUUGCUUUGCUGGAUUGGAUGGAUAACUACACAUGUGCCACUUUUUAGACUCUUUUAUGUGCUUUUUCUUAAUGAACUUAUUGCUGGACA